AGUAGCACUCCUGUAACAAGGCAGAACGGUGUUUCUCUCUCUCUCUCUCUCUCUCUCUCGCUCUCUGCCUCUCUGUGGCAUUCUCCCGAAGGAACUCGGCUCCAGAACGACAAUGGAGAAGCCCGGAAGCCCAGAAGUGUCCAGACCCCCACCGGGCACCGGGCAGGUCUCCGAGGAAACCAGUCCCAGUGCCAAGCUGUUCUGCUGCCGCUGUGUGAGACGCUGGGUCCCCCUGGCUUACAGAGAGGAGCUGUACCAAGUCCUGCGCCUGACCGGGCCUCUGUUAGCGUCUCGGAUCCUGAAUUUCCUACUUCCGUUUGUCAUCACCAUAUUCUGCGGACACCUGGGAAACGCAGAACUGGCUGGCUACGCCCUGGCCUCAGCGACGAUAAAUGUCACUACAGCUGCAACUGGAUGUGGACUAGCUCUAGCAUGUGACACUUUAGUAUCCCAGACGUUCGGGGGUAAGAACAUGAAGCGGGUGGGAGUGAUCCUGCAGAGGAGCAUCCUCAUCCUGCUGCUGUUCUCCCUGCCCUGCUGGGCCAUCCUCAUCAACGCCCAGUCCAUCCUCCUCGCCCUGCAGCAGGAGGCCGAGGUGGCCAGGAUAGCUCAGCUUUAUGUGAUGGCUUUCCUGCCUGCAGUUCCAGCUAUGUUCCUGCAUCAGCUGCAGGUGGCAUACCUUCAGAACCAGGGUAUUAUUCUGCCCCAGCUUUACACAGCUGCGAUGGCCAACGUCAUGAACGUGGCGACAAACUACAUCCUGCUCUUCUGGAUGGACCUUGGAGUCAGAGGGUCUGCUGCAGCCAACAGCAUAGCUCAGAUCAACAUCUGUCUUCUCCUGUUUGCCUACAUCCGCUGGAAGAAACUGCAUACCAAAACAUGGGGAGGUUGGUCCAGUGCAUCGCUUCAGGAGUGGGGCUCCUACAUGCAGCUGGCUAUCCCCAGUACACUAAUGUUGUGCUUUGAGUGGUGGAUUUAUGAAAUUGGGGGGUUCUUUGCAGGCAUGCUCGGGGAGGUGGAUCUGGCUGCACAGCAUGUUCUGCUGGAGCUUGGAGCCAUAACCUACAUGUUCCCUCUGGGUGUCCAUGCUGCUGCCUGUGUGCGUGUGGGUAAUGCGCUUGGGGCGGGGGACACCGCAAGAGCCCUCCUCACCAGCAAGGUGACUUUAGUCCUCUCAGGUGUGCUGGCUGUAUUUCAAGGGAUCGUACUCGGCUCGACUAAAACAGUGAUCGGAUUCAUUUUUACCACCGACGUGAACAUUGUGGAGCUGGUCUCCAGCCUUUUAAACGUGUACAUCUUCCUACAGUUUUUUGAUGCCCUUGUGUGUGUCAGCUCUGGCAUUCUCCUGGGUUCAGGGAAGCAGAAGAUAGCCGCCAUGGCUAAUCUCAUAUGCUACUACUGCAUCGGACUCCCACUGGGUAUCGCCUUGAUUUUUACAGCUGAACUGAGGAUAAUGGGACUCUGGCUGGGCCUGCUCACCUGUGUCAUCCUGCAAAGCUGCUUCUUCAUCACCCUCAUCUUCAAGCUCAACUGGCAACGUGUGACUGAGGAGGCCAUGAAGCGUGCUGGGAAGAACAGGCGGAUGACGUGCGUGGGGUCAAAGCCGCCCAUCGGAGAGCCUGUGAUUGACUCUCUGGCCCCUGAGGGCAGCGUAGCCUUGGAGCAGGCAGCAGACAGCGGGGUGACACAGCCUGUGAAUGACAAGGCCAAUGGCUACACUUCCGUGAGCACCCAGGAGCUGGGGCGGGUGGGGGGCGGCAGUGGGGGGGUGCGGGAGGAACAGGGGGACGCGGAGGGGGACCUGCCGCCCAAAGCCCUCCUCUCCGUCACUCAGCUGGUGCUGCGGCGCGGCCUGACCGUGCUGGCCGCCGUGCUGAUGCUCGCAGUGGGCGUGGCGCUCCACCUGGCGUUCCCACCUUCGGACAGCCUGAUGCAGCCGCGGGGAAACCUCACCCUAGACACCGAAAACUCCUCCUUCCCGACGCCCCUUCUGAACGCGUCCCUGCUGGCGUGAAAGCGCUUCCUAGCGGGCUCACCGACACUGGAGAAUGGAGAAAGUGUUUCUGCCCUCCUGUCUUCCCUCCUCCCAGCUCUGUGAGCAGUGCCUCCCUCUCUUCCCCCGCAACA